AUGACAGGUACUCACGGACCCCGGCCGCGGAGGCUCGAGGUGUCGCCGUCCCCUUCGAUCCCAACUAGGUGGCGUGUCCUCGGCCAGUCGCCUCGUGCCGGUAUCGUGUGGGUUUUGUUGGUGGCAUGUCUUUGGAUCCGCGCCGCAUCUGCUGUCCUAGUUCGGUUCGACAACUGCCUACCAGAGAAUUACGUCUAUACCAACCAAGCCCUGGAAAAUGUCCAACUGCAGUGGAUUCCUAUGUUCGUCGAUGCCAAAUUCGACACCGUCAAUCCGAGUCACAAUCUGAGAGUCAUCGUUUGGGGAAACGUGACAGGCCGCGUGGGUAGCGAUCCGCUGCCGCCGCCGGACUCUCCGAGUUGGCAAGAUCCUAGAGGGGCCCUCAAUGGGAAGAUUGUAGAUGUGCCUGUCCCGAACGCACCCGACGACCAGCGCAAGGUGACUACUCUACACACCAAGGUCGACGUCCUGACGUACGAACCUCACACCGAGAACUUGAACUUCUGUCAAAAUAUUUUGAAUGGGUCGUGCCCGCUCGGUCCUGUGUUCGACAACGAGACUCUGGCCAACGUUGCUCUGAACAUACCCGACGGCCUGCCCUCUUUCAAUCUGUCGAGGGACUUUUCUUCUAGCUAUUCCUUCACCUCGUUUGCGCCUACCUUCAUCGUGUGGUACGGCGAUGCUGCCAAAACCUCGAUCGGAUGCGUUUCUACCAUCCUCACGCCUGAUCUCGGCGGAAUCGCGUGGCCUCUCAAAUUCGUCCCCUUGAUUAUCCUGAUACUAGUGGGAUUCUCGACAGCGUUCGCGGCAAUCUUCAGUCCGUGGGGCACUAGCGACAUCUUCCAUUGGACCUCUAAUUAUGGCAGAGAUCCGGACCUCUUGCGCCUUGUCACGCCGGGAUUUGGUGACUGCUUACAGUACAUCCAGUUCGUCGUCCUAACCGGAAGUCUCUCCCUGGACUACCCCGGCUUUUAUCAGCCCGUCGUGAGCCAGGAUUCGUGGUCGGUCUUGAUGUUUAACCAGAGCUUCGUCUCCAAGGCGGCGCCUUGGCAGAGUUUGGUAGACGGCAUCUAUGUUACGAAUGGCUCCUACGGUCUCGAAAAUAUUGCGCAGCUGAACGGCAUGAGCGACGUGGAAGAUAUAUGGGUCGGCAUGGUGGUGUGGCUGCUUGCUAUUAUCGGCUCCGUGCUGUUCCUGUUGCAGCUGGGCUUCUUCGUCCGAUGGCUUCUGCGGCGCAUUAACCGUGUGCCGGAAGAAGACCUUCGAGCGAAGAACAUACCUUUCUCCUUGGGGAAUGUCGUCCGCCUCGUCUUCGGCUAUUUUUUGCUCCCUAUCGUGGCGUUGUCUACUUUCCAGAUGGUCGUCGCUCCGCAGUCCGCAGAUUUCCUCGUUGCACUGGCCGUCAUCGCCUUGGCAGUUAUUAUUGGGUUCGCGGUAUGGCUCAUGUAUCUCAUCGCUACGACGAAACCCCGUGGGCACUUGUUUGAUGACUUGCCGACCGUGCUCCUAUACGGACCGUUGUACAACACAUACUCCGACCAGGCGGCGGCUUUCGCGCUCAUUCCCAUCAUCUUGACGAUCCUACGAGGCAUUGCCAUUGGCGCCGUGCAACCGUCAGGUACUGCCCAGCUAGUAAUACUGGCCGUGUGCGAGGUUAUUCAGAUGCUAACACUUCAUGCGUUCCGACCUUUCCACUCCCCCACGUCGAUGAAUGCUUACCAUGCAGGCUUCUCUGUGAUCCGCUUCGUCACCGUAAUUCUUAUGGUGACGUUCGCGCCGACUUUGGGUAUUUUGGAAGGUUCAAAGGGGUGGGUCGGCUACGUGAUCCUAUUGAUACAUGGCUGUGUUCUCGUCUUCGGUUUCUUCCUAAACGCACUACAGACCGUCAUCGAGGUCAUCGCCCGUCUACUAGGCGCGGGAGGCGACGACAUCGACGGACAGACUAGGGGCGGGCUUUCUAAGAUUUUCGGCGCUCGCCAGCUUUCGAGACGUGUGGACAGACGUGGACCAUCCCGGCAGAGCCAGCUCAGUAGUACUGCCAUGCUGAGCGCCGAUGCCGUGACUAAGAGAGGGUAUGGCCGGGUGAGAAGCGAGUCGGCCGGCAGCAUGGGGAUCAUUGCCGGUGUACAGCAUCGGAGCUCUAGCGCUUUAGACGCGCGUAGCGUGGACGCGUUCUCGGUCCCGCUAGGGACUGGCGGGGCCUUUACCCCGACAACGAUGACCCCUAGAGACAACAGUACCUUCUCCCUACCAUCUCCGGGACAAGCUACCCGCCCUCAACCUACCGCCGAUCCUUACUACCGGCCUCCGCGUGCACGACGGGGGACUGGGGAGGAGAUGGGCUCCUCGUCGCCGCAUCGGGCUCGUGGCUCCGCAGCUAGCGUCGACUUGACAAACCGACGAUCCUAUCCGGCCGGAGGACCGUCCGCGGACGCAGAUGUCGACAGUCCACCUUCGGGGAGAGCGACCCCGGCGGCGGCUCCGGCGCACGCUUCGCUUUGGGCGCCUGUAUUUUCUCCCAGGGCGGAUUACUCGACUCGCGAGGUCGAUUUCUACUACGGAGUGCGCGGCCCAGCGCUGAAUUCGGACGGGCUGGGCCGCAAGUUAGGCACGGGCCCAGCAGACCCUACAAGCCCAGUCGCGACCGCUACCGGGUGGCUCCGAGGCCUCUUUGGAGGCAAGACCAAGGAGAAGGGUAAGGGGUUUGAGGUAGUGAGAAGCGCCAGAAUGCCACCUGCGAUGAAGGCGAGGGGCGGCGAAUUCGCCGAAGACCCCCCCGAGGGCAUUCCGGUGGCGAUGGGUGUACUACGGAAUGGACCGAUAGAAAGCGACGAUGACGACACCCCCAGGUCUAAGAGGAGCAAGCAUGUAGCGGAGGAUGGUGCGCAGGGCGAAUUACUGGACGAAAACGGCGAUCCGCAAUCAGGCGACGAUACAGAUACAGAAAUUGCGAAGGUCUCCAAAGACCCGCCGCUUCUUCCCGAUCUCGAUGCCGGCGAAAGUUUCAAGGUCCCUAGCAGGAUACACUCUAAAGCGAGUCGACAGCCGUCGCAGAGGACGGCGAGGACGCGUAGGGAGGUUGAGGACGUGCCAGAGGUUCCGAGGAAGAGCUCGAAGCGGAAUUCCAGCGUCGACCCGCUGGGUAAGAAGCGACUUUCCUCGGCAAUAUCCACAGAGGCGGUAGCGGAGCAGGCGCGGCCUAGUAGCAGGCGACCGGAGGCGGGGACCUCGUCGAGGUUGCCAUUCGAACGGACCGACUCCCAGAAACGUCGUCUUUCUGUUUCCUCGACGACGGGGACGGAGGACUUACCGUCGGCCGGCACGGAGGAACGGCCGACAAGUUACGGCUACGUCAGUCAUCAUAAUAUCAGCAGGGUCGACCCCGACCAAGGAGUAGAUCUGCUCGGGAGCGCUGCGGAGAUGGUGGACGUUUCGAGAAAAGGCUCGUCAGUGUCUCGGCGGUCUUGA